AUGCGGUUUCUAAACCUCAAGGAGGCGCCUCGUAGCCUCGGCAGCAUCCUGCUUGUCGCCAGCACCAUCUUUGCCAAUCCGGCAGCCGCCAACUCGGUUGACACGUACGACUAUGUGGUCGUCGGCUCCGGUCCUGGAGGCGGUCCCUUGGCCGCCAAUCUCGCCCGAGCUGGCUUUAAGACUCUGUUGCUUGAGGCUGGCGAUGACGCCAGUACUUCCGAGAUUACCAACGCCAUUGCAUUGACGAACACUGCGGACACCACUGCCUUGACAUGGACCUACUGGGUUCGUCAUUACGACGACAUCGAACUGACGAAGAAGAACCAGCAUCUCACCUGGAGGCUUCCCAACGGGAACCUCUGGGUUGGUCCUGGUAGCACUGCGCCUCUGGGAGCAGAGAUUGUCGGCAUUCAGUACCCCCGUGGCGCUACACUAGGAGGAUCAUCCAUUGUCAACUCUGCCUUGACUGUACAGCCUGCCAACAGCGACUGGAAUUAUAUCAAGGAUCUCACAGGCGAUGACUCGUGGAGCGCCGCUCAUAUGGGAGACUUGUUUAUUAAGCUGGAAAGGAACCAAUACCUCCCUCGUGGUACCCCAGGCCACGGCUUCGAUGGCUACUUUGAAACCAUUCUGGGCAACGGGACCGUUUUGCUUUCUUCGCCGCAGGCGACUGCGGCCCUAAAGGCCAUGGCCGAAGAAGCAGGCCAGGAUCCCGAAGACCUGAAGAACAUCCUGAACAUCGACCCCAACCAAACUCUGAACCCUGACCGGGAUCAGAUCACUGGUCUCGUGGGAAACCCGCAGCAUGCCAAUGCUACCUGGGCGCGCUACAGCUCGAGAAACCGAGUGCUGGAUACCGUGCGGGCAGUUAACAAGCACGGCAAGAAGCGAUUUCCUCUGGAAGUCCGUCUCAACUCCUUUGCGACCAAGGUGCUCUUCAACAAGGCCCGAGGAAACUCGCUGCCUCGUGCCGUAGGUGUCGAGUACCUCGACGGCAAGAGCGCCUUCCAGGGUGACCUUCGGUACGAUCCCAAGGUCAAGAAGACGGUGCGCCAGGUCUUUGCUCGCAAGGAGGUGAUUAUUAGUGGCGGCUCAUUCGGAUCGCCUCAACUGUUGCUCCUCAGCGGCGUCGGACCGGCUGCCGAUCUCAAGGCCCUGAACAUCCCAGUCGUCGCCGAUCGACCAGGCGUCGGUCGCAACAUGCAAGACCACAACGAGAUUGCCCUCAUUGGACACGGUGCCCAGGCAUUCAACUUUGACGCCGCCCCUGGCGGUCCUCGGUCUCAGUGCACCUUCGGAGCUCCUGGCGACCCCUGUCUUGAGCUUUAUCACCAGGGCCAGGGACCGUAUGUUCAGCCCAGCCUGACCCAGCUGGCUUUCCUUAAGACCAACCACACCCCCAACGACGAACGCGACAUUGCCAUCUUCACCGGACCCUUUGGUUUCCGUGGCUUCUGGCCUAGGAACACGGGACAGAACUGGGACGACCCUCCGACGACCUGGGGCAUGAACAGCGUCCACAUCCACGGCAACAGCACGGCUGGAUACCUCAAGCUGCGUUCUGCCGACCCGACUGUGACGCCUGAGAUUAACUUCCGACACUUCAAUGGCACAGGCGCCGACAACGACAUUGCCGCCAUCAAGGAGUUCCUUGCUUGGGGUCGCCGUGCUUUCAGCCGUGUGCAAGCGCCAUUUGCUCCGUACAAUAUCACCUGGCCUCCCUGCUCAGGCACUGUUGGUGCCGAUGGAAGCUGCUCCGUGGCUAACAGCGACGAAGACUUCAUUCGCGAGAAUAUUUUCGGUCACCACGUGAUCGGUACCUGCCCCAUCGGCCCCAAGUCUGACAAGAAUGCUGUUCUGGACUCCAAGUUCCGUGUCCGCGGUGUGUCCAGUCUGCGGGUUGUCGAUGCCAGUGCUUUCCCGAGGUCUCCUGGAGCGUUCCCGGUCCUUGGAACUUACAUGUUGAGUGAGAAGGCAGCAGAGGAUAUCAUUGGGGGUCGUUAA